CUGUGUUCAAUGUUGCAUCGCAGUCGACGUCCAUGUCAAAAUAAUUAAUUGUAACGAAGUUUUAAAUCAAUUUAUGAGACAUUAAAGUAAUUACAAUUACACCAUGAGCUUAUUUCGCUAUUUUAACAAAUGUUUGGAGCUAUGUGGCUCGGCUCCUCGGUGACAGCUGCUUAUUAUUCUAUUUACACACAGUGACUCAUCUGGAAAGUUGCACUACAAAAACCCAGAGCCAUGCCGGCGCCGCACGCCGAAGAGGAGCCGCCGGGUUUAAGAGUUGAAACAACGCUAUUCUCUCAGGAAGAGGAGUUUCUCCGGACAGACGGGUCGUCAUGCCUGACGCGCUCUUCCUAAACAAGGCAGAGAGAUGGAUCAUUCUACCCUUGCACCUGAGAGAACAGAAUGAAGACGUAAAUAGAGUGAGGGAUGGAGACCGGUUCGACGAAUCAGAAGAGGGAGAGAGAGAGAGAGAGAGAGAGAGAGAGUGAGAGCGAUGGAGGAAGCGAGCCUCCAUCUGCAGAGAGGGAGUCAGGAGACAUGCCUUCUGGCAGGAGCUGAAGAAGACAGCUGUGUUUGGUGUGGUAUUUUUAAACGCAUCAGUGCCGCUCCAAUCCCCGUGCCUCGCCUGACCUAUUUUUAGCCAGGGCUGGCCAUUGUUCUAUUUCUGUCACCUGUGGGCCACGCAGUUGUUGAUUCACAUGCAAAUGAAGCUUGCGCCCUCCCCGGCAUUGCGUUACCGCCUCGGCGAGGUGCUCAGUGCGCGGCGCGCGGCUUUCCCUGCAACCCGGCGUCACAUCUUCUCUCUGCUCGCGAGGAAAAGCCGCAGACUUGGAGAGAAGCAGGGCGAGAGGCAGAUAAGAGAAGAGAGAGAAAAAAAAAGCAGGGCUCUCCUCCUAACGCGGUGUUAGUGUUUGGACCGGGCUGAGGCAGGGCACCGGCCGCCUGCGGGGAGAGCGUGCCGCCUGUGUUACUGCGCUCCAGUGAGAGUGGUUUCUCAGAGGACGGGAGAGAGCGCCGCCCGUUGUCGUGGUCUCUCCCCUGAGUGGCUGAGGGGUGGCUCUUGGUGACAGGAAACGCGAGGCUUGCGAUGAGAGCUGAGCGCUGAGUGGAGUAUGCUGCAGACGAUUUACGAGGGCGAGUCAAGUUUCUCCGCAACAGAACAGCGCGUUGGACACCAGCAGCUGCCCAACCAGAGCAAGAUGCACAACGUGAACAGCUCAGUGGACAUUAAGACAGACGUGCCAUUGGCUGUGGAGCUCUUAUCUCCUCUGGACCUGCGCACAGAUCUGAGGAUGCUGGGGCCAGGCUCGGACCCAGGGCUGUGGGAGAGGCAGCUGCAGCAGGAGCUGCUUCUUAUUCAGAAGCAGCAGCAGAUCCAGAAGCAGUUACUGAUCAGCGAGUUCCAGAAGCAGCAUGAGAAGUUGACCCGUCAGCACCAGGCUCAGCUCCAGGAGCACCUGAAGCUCCAGCAGGAGCUCCAGGCCAUGAAACAGCAGCAGGAACUUGCAGAGAAGGAGCGUCGUCUGGAGCAGCAGCAGAAGCAGCAGCAGCAGAACCAGCAGGAGAAGGAGCAGGAGAGGCAUCGGCGAGAGCAGCAUGUCUCCAGCCUUAGCCUCAGGGGCAAGGAGCGCUCCAGAGAGAGUCUCACAGGUGCAGUGGCCAGUAACGAGGUGAAGCAGAAACUCCAAGAGUUUCUGUUGAGCAAAUCAGCCAAGGACGCUGCCAGUAAUGGAGCCAGCCAUUCUUUCAUCCACCACCAGAAACUCUGGUACACCUCUUCUCACCACACAUCGCUGGACCAAAGCUCUUCACCUCUGGGCGGCACAUCCCCCACCUGCCAGUAUACUCUGCCAUCACCAUCAGAGAGCAAGGACGACUUCCCCUUGAGGAAGACAGCCUCUGAGCCCAACCUGAAGGUACGAUCCAGACUGAAGCAGAAAGUAGCAGAGAGGAGGAGCAGUCCAAUGCUGAAGAGAAGAGACGGAAACAUCAUGACUCCUUAUAAGAAGAGGGCCCUGGAGCUAAUGGACUCUACACCCACGAACAGUGCCCCCGGCUCCGGCCCCAGCUCUCCCAUAGGGGCCUCCAGUGCCUUGGGGGGUGAAAAUGGACCCUCCUCCCUGCCUACUACCACAAAAACGGAGAGAUGGCCUUCACAGCCGAGAUUAUUCCGACCCGAUGGCGCUGUGUCCAUGCUGAGUUUAUACACAUCUCCUUCCUUACCCAACAUCUCCCUGGGGCUCUCAACUGCAUCCUCGCCCAUUAGUGCUGCCAUGGGGUUAAAAGACAGAUCAACGGAAAUCAAGCAUGGGCUUCCUGGGAAUCUCCUGGGCCCCGUGCCCCUUCAGACGGGCCUGGAGUCUAAGGUGAGCCACAGUCACCAGGCUCUCCUCCAACACCUGCUUCAGAAGGAGCAGAUGAGGCAGCAGAAGAUCCUCUGCUCUGGCCAAGGCUCCAUGUCGUCCCAUCCGCAGUCCCCUCUGGCCAUGAAGGAUCGCCCCUCUGGCAGUCGGCCUAAACUACCAAAACACCGGCCCUUGAACCGAACCCAGUCGGCUCCGCUGCCCCAGAACACACUGGCUCAACUUGUCAUCCAGCAGCAACACCAGCACUUCUUGGAGAGACAAAAACAGUACCAGCAGCAGAUCCAUAUAAAUAAGCUGCUGUCCAAGUCCAUCGAGCAGUUACGUCAGCCCAGCGCCCACCUGCAGGAGUCGGAGGAAGAGUUGGAGGAGCAGCACGGGGAGCAGAUGGAGAGAAUGCAGGAGGACAGGCUGCCCCCUGGAGGCGUCAUCCGGAAGCACACGCUCAGCAGCAGCAGCAGCAGCGGCUCGAGCGCUGAGCUCCCCGACGUCCCCCACUACGGGGUCAUCAAGGUCAAGGAGGAGCCGGCUGAUAGCGAGGACGAGGCUCUGACCGGUCAGAGCUUAGAGUCAGAGCAGAGCACCUAUCUGCACCAGGUCAAAGGGAGACUGGUGAUAAGAGCCAUGAUCUGAGAUGGGAAGAGGAUGAGAUCACACACUCGCAACAUUCGCAGAUACACAAGUCUCUGCAAACCUGCAUCUGCAUCCCUAUACAUGCACACACACACGCACACACACACACACACACGCACGCACGCAAGCAGCAGCAGCAACAGCAGCAGCUAUUGCACAGUAAGCCAGCUCUCCCUGUCAAGACCCUGUUUUACCUUUUACUAAGCUGCAGCCUCGCUCAUCCCACACUCUAAGACUCUCUGACUGUUUGUGACCUUUUGUGUAGUGAUAUCACUUUUGUGUAUAUAGUAUGGAAAAAAUUUAGACCGUUCUUUCAAGAGCUGCUUUGCUCAUCAAGUGACGAAAAAGUGUAAUGUACAUAUACUGUGGAUUUAGCAUCUAAGGUGAUUUCUGGAGGGAAGGGCGAAACAGGUGUACAGCUUUGAAGAGCCGACUUGUGUUCCCGUUGUGUUUUUGUUUUUUUGCCAUAAAAUAUUUGAAUUCUCUUCUAUCCACUUCUGUGUUUGCAAAUUCUCAUAAAGUCCCGCGGUGUGUUGAAGAGUUCAAGACAUGACAUACUCUGUUGUUCUCAAAAAUCUGUGAUGAUGUUCCACGUCAGUGGUCUCCGAACUGAAAUAAUGAACAUCUGUCUUAGAGAGAAUGUAUACUCGGAGCCUGAGAAAGGACGCUCCCUCAUGGCAGACCUUUUUGCGCUGGGAGUGAUUUUGCCAUUGGAAUAUGGUCCGCUGCUCAUAUUGCAAUUUGAAGAUUAAAGCACUAAAUCCUUGCUUGGGUGUGCAGGCAUCUCCCAACACAUCCUGAGUCUCCAUGUCUCUCUCCCUGAGCAGUCCCGGAGCCAGGGCCCUGUGCGCUAAGCCCAGCUAUCCUCCCUCUCUCCCUCUGGGUCCAAAUCAAAGCUCGGGGCCGGGUUCCUGCCCAGCUUUCAGCAGAGGAGUCAGAGAGAAAGAGAGAACGAGAGAGAGAGAGAGAGAGAGAGGGCCGGGCAGGAAAUGCCUUCGAGAAGCCAGGAGUUGGAGUGAUUCAUGUGUGCAGGAAUGUUGAGAGAGGAGGACCUAGGGUUGGAGGAGUCCAAGGGGCCAGGCUUGAGAAUUGAUUUACUGUCAAGACGAAUUACAAAGUGAGUGGGGAUAUGGUUAAGGGAGUCCUUUUUAAGGGGAAUCGCUUCCUUCGUAUUCCCUCGUGGCAUGGUUACCUCAAUAUGCAGGUUUGAUGUUACUUCAACAAAAAAGCCCUGGAUGGGACCUUGCCUCUUCUUUCUUUUUUUUCUACUUUUUUUUUUUUUUAAAUCCUGUUUUCCCCUGAAAGUGCCCAUUGCGACAUGUAUAGUCCGUCUUAAAGUGAUCGAUCAAAUGUAUUGCAUAGCUGUAAACCUUCCAGUUUCAUUUGUACCGUCAGCUACAUGUAAAAAAAAAAAUGAAACCUGUGAGGACCUGUGUUUGGAUUCAUGUGAAAAUCAAAACUGUUUGUCUUAUGCUGUACAUCCAAAUAGUCCGGUUGUAAUGUUUCUUAGUGUAAGUAAACACAAUCAGAACAAUGUGAGUCUUGUUCUCUUGCUCCUUUGAUUUGGUUGUAACGAGAACCCCUUUGCUGUCAGUGGGGGUGGGGGGGUCGGGUCCUGUUCAUGUGGUCUGUUCAUAGCAGUUUGCCGUUUUCUUCUCUCUUUUUUUGCCUUGUGUGAUGAACAUUUCUUUUUUUAAAUAAACUUAAUUUACCUCCGA